AUGUCGGCUGGAGAUUUAAGAAUUCCCGGCGAAGGAAUUCUGAUAGGAGAUAAACUGUACUCUGCAGUGCUCCUUACGUUAGAGAACUGUAUUUUACCGUUGGAGCGAUUGCUUCGAAGUCCUUCGUCUGAACAUGGACUGCCUUCAGAUACGGAAGAGCAACUGCGGAUAAGAGGUUGCGAAAUGAUUCAGGCCGCAGGGAUACUGUUGAGACUUCCACAGGUUGCCAUGGCCACAGGACAGAUCCUUUUCCAGCGGUUCUUUUAUUGCAAGUCCUUUGUGAGACACUGUGCCGAAUCAGUUGCAAUGGCAUGCGUGCACCUGGCCUCGAAGAUCGAGGAGGAGCCGCGGAGAGUCCGAGAUGUGUUGAAUGUUUUCCACUAUCUAAAACACAGUGAAGGUGACAGGAAACCGGGCCCGAUGCCUUUGGACGCCAGCUAUAUUAACCUGAAGAGUCAGGUGAUUAAAGCCGAGAGGAGAGUACUGAAGGAACUUGGCUUCUGUGUGCAUGUCAAACAUCCCCACAAGAUCAUUGUCAUGUACCUCCAGGUGCUGGAGUGUGAGAAAAAUACAAAGCUUGUCCAAAUGUCCUGGAAUUACAUGAAUGAUAGCCUGAGAACCGAUGUGUUCUUGAGGUACAAAGCCGAAACUGUAGCUUGCGCCUGUAUCUACCUGUCAGCUCGAUCACUUCAGAUCCCACUUCCAGACCAACCACCCUGGUUUCUGUUAUUUGGGGCCACAGAGGAGGAGCUGAGGGACAUUUCUGGGCGUAUCCUGAGGCUUUACACCCUGCCCUCUGUCCCUCUCUCCACCCUGCUGCGGCAGGUGGAGGUGUGUCGUCAAGCACUGGAGGCUCAGAGUGCAAAAGCCAAACGGGGAGGAGGGUCGCUGCUGGCCGUCGGCACUCCCACCCUGGACCCUCCCUCUAGUUUCUCUCCUGGCUCCAAAGCUGCAUCACCUGCUGGCGCACAACAGAAUCGUGAGUCUACAGUAUCUGAAAUAGCCCUGAAAAACGUCUGUCGAAAGCUUGCAAACGGAGAACGGAGAAUUCGACUCAGUCGCAGCGAUGAGAGGAGGGAACCGGUGGGCAUGGGCCUGCGGCUCUACGUGUCCCCGGCACAAACAGCCUUCUAUAUCAUCUUCGUGAUGCUGGGCAUCAUUGGAAAUGCUGUGGUGGUUAGUGUGGUCGGGGAAGGAGUUAUAAGAGAGCCCGGAGGGGGCCGUAGUUCGGACAUGAUCCUGGUGAACAUGGCCUUUUCUAACCUGAUGGUAUCUGUGAUGAGGAAUUCUCUGCUGAUCAUCUCAGAUCUAGGAUUAGAGUUGUAUUCCUCCAAAGGUUGGUGCCAGUUUUUGAUGGGCGUCUGGGUGUGGCUCCGCUCAGUAAACGUGUGGUCUACUUUUUUCCUAAGCGCGUUCCACUUUCAGACAUUGAGACGCGUGGCCCCGCCCGUUGUGAAUUUGCAUGGCCCUCGUGGUCCACCAAGGUCACUGCUGGCAGGUUUUGCACUAAUUUGGAUUGUGAAUCUGAUGUACUCAAUCCCUGCAUUUAUCUUCUCCACCAGUGGAGAUCAAAACACCACAGAGACCUUAAUGCUUGUUAGCAGCACGACACGACCGUUGUUAGGAUGUAUCUGGAAUUUCGCUACCCCCAAUAGUGGUCUUAUCUAUGCCACCACUUCAAUGGUUAUCCAUGAGACGCUGCCAAUUCUCUUGAUGUGCAUCAGCAACAUGGGCUCCCUCCUCACACUGUACUCACACGCACGUUUGCGAAAACCUGAACACAUGAGUCAGGAUGCCCCCAUUAUCAGGAGAGUUCCAGCCGAAAGACGUGCUGCCAAGGUGAUUCUGGCUUUAGUCAUGCUGUUCAUCACUUCCUGGGGCACUAGUAUCAUUUCUGUAAAUUACUUCAAUUACAACCGUGGCUCCUCAACUGAGUUUCUGCUGGUCAUUUCGAGAUUUGCGAACAUUACCUUCAUUGCCUUGUCACCGAUUGUUUUGGCAGUAGGUCAUCGGCGGCUCCGCUCAGUCAUAAAGUCUGUCCUUUCACACUAACGACCCCUCUCUCUGACUCUUUUCCCAGCUGACUUUUCUUCUCAUCCCAGGUGAAUUUGUGAAUAAGCAUAAAACGAGAGCCAUUCCUUUAAGUG